AACUCCAGCUGCCAUCAAGGAUCUGGCCGGCUGGGUAAACAAGAUAGUGGCCCAGCGGCCAUAUUCGGAGCGAAACUGGAAGGAAAUCUCCAAAGGUCGGUGGGAGGCGAAAAACCAUGGCUUGCCCAAGGACGCGGAGAUGAGGUCUUCAAUACUAUGCCCCCUUCCGGUUCCGGGAGAAAAUAAAAGGCCCGGGGAGUCCGGUACGGACGAGCCCCAAAGGAAGAUUAAGCGGACAAAAAGGGCCGCCCGCAAACUAAAAAGCCAAAUCGUCUUGUCCUCCGAGGAGGAGGACGACAAAGAGGAUGACGAUGAGGAGCAGCCGGAGCUCGUCCGCCAUCGAUCCAUUCGACCGGACCCUGAGCCGGUGGUCGAUCCAGCUGAGGCUCCUCCCGAGGACGUGAGGGUUGAGGAUGCUAGUGGACCCUCGGCCCCUGCGCGGGCGUCCCCGGGGACCGAUCACCCGGUUACGUCCCCCCCGUCUUCCUCGACUUGGGGGCAGCUGCCGGACGACAUCCCGAUGAUGGGAGGUAGCUUCGAGACCUUUUUUGAUGGGGUACCCUCC